GAAAUUUACAUCUUAUUCGGUCAGACUUGUUAUCACAUCUGAAAGAAGAAAAAAAGGGCCGCUUCCCAUUUUGCCCUAAUCGCAUAAACAACUCCCCUCCAUCGCACACAAGACACAGAAGCAACCUCUGAGGCUCCGACCUCCUUCCAUCGUCAACACCACUUCCGACACCUCCCUUCGCCAUCGCCUAUGUUCUCUAAUCUUCCUUUAGUGUCGACCACCACUUCUGCCGGUACAGCUAGCGUCGCCGACAACGAACGCCUCCAACGAGCCCACUGCGUCGUCGGCUCUCUCGUUAAGCAACGAUGUCGCUCACAUCCGAACGCCAAGAAAUAUCCCUUUGAACACCGACACCUUCAGGGCCGCCGUUCGACAGCAAGACAUAAGAUAAUGUUGAAGCGAGAAGAGAAAGUGUGCAAGACAGGGUUUUAUGUGCUACAUAUAUGGAACUAUUCAAAUGGAAAAUGUAGUUAUUAAAUGAUUAUUCUUGAAUUUGUUUAAUUGAUCAAGUUUAAGUUGUUAUUAUGGUCUUUAGAUUAGAUUUGCAAGUAAUAGAUUGUGGUCAUUAGAUGGUCACUCUUGAAUUGGUUUAACCGAUUAACUUUCAGUUGUGAUUAUGGUUUUUAAAUUAGCAAUAUUUUUCCAUUUUCAUGUUCAAG